CGUAGAGAAAGUGUAGAGAAGGUGGUGUAUAAUGAAAGAUUAAAAGAAAAUAAAAUUAAAGUCACAGACGAUAAAUUUUUUGUGGUUGAAAGAGGCCAGACAACUGUUCUUGAAAGAAGCAAAUCUUAUGAAGCA